UGUUCAGUAGAUAUUAAUUUGACCGCUAUUUUCACAGCCAGGCCAGGAGGUGAUGGUGGAAUAACUGAAGUUUCUAAUAUGCUUCCACUUUUUCUAUUUGGGAGUGGGCAAAAGUUAAAUUGGGAUUAAAUAAUGGAAUAAAAACUUGGAUAUGCCCCCCAUUCUCAGCAACUUUUCGAAAGCCAUUGUUCAUCUAUUAUUCACACUAAACAGCCGUUAAAUUACUUCCACGGAUCGUGUAUAUUGAUAUUUUCAUCAACAUCUGCUCUCGUUUGAUUCAGAAAUUAUAUUUUGUUAGGUGCUUUAUUUUUUUGUAGUGUUGUAGUGAAGGAAGCCCUUACCUGAGGUGACUUUUACAGUAUCGUGCUGUACAUGUUUUGAAUGGGCUGCCAGGCUGCGCUGCACAGAGAAGGAGGAGGUUCUACUCGGUUUUGUUGGGGGAGGGGUUGCUUUUACAGACACACCAGGCAGGAAGAGACCUGCGCGUUCACAUUUAGCCAGAAAGACACCAAAGACCCCCGCAGCGCCGGGUCUCUGCUCCCGUAAGUAACCGCAGUUGCUCCCAAAGAGUCACAAAAACAUACAUUCAGUAACAAAGCAUUGAGAUUUUUUAUUUAUUUUUUUACCAAACACUAGCGACCCCCUCCCCCGAAGAAAGCAGGGUCAAAGUUCACAGGAAGCUGGGGGGCUGCCAUUUUUCCCUGCUGCUGCUGCUGCUACUGCUAACGUUUAACGUUAGAUGCUAAAACGACGGGAGGGGCGGCUGGUUUUGGGUUUUGUAGCUAGCUGCUUUCGCUCGGUCGAGAACCUCACACCAAAUCUGCCAUUUCUCCGGCCGUUGUCGCGAACAACCAUUGUAAUUGGAUGAAUUCGGCAUGGAGAAAGUAGCGGAGCCGUCUUGGACUUCUUCGUACACCUACCAGGUGAGCAAGCACAGUGCGGAGAUGCUACACAACCUCAACGUUCAGAGGAAAGAUGGAGGCAGGUUCUGCGAUGUGGUCUUACGCGUCGGCGAGGAGAGCUUCCCCGCUCACAAAGCCGUGUUGGCUGCCUGCAGUGAGUAUUUCGAGUCGGUGUUCGGCCGUCAGUCGGAGGGCGACGGCGACGCCAAGGAGUUGGAGAUGCACACGAUCAGCCCGAAAGUUUUUAAAGACAUCUUGGACUUCGCCUACACCUCCAGGAUCGUGGUGCGGUUGGAGUGCUUCCCGGAGUUGAUGACAGCUGCCAAGUUUCUGCUGAUGCGCUCGGUCAUUGAAAUCUGUCAGGAGGUGAUCAAACAGUCUAAUGUGCAAAUCCUCGUCCCGACCUCCCGGGGAGGAGACGCCAGCCUGUUCCAGGCCACGGGGGCCACGGAGCUGGGCUUCCCGGUGGCUCAGCAGGACCUGGUAAACGGAACGGGGAUGCUGGUGAACGGCCAGAGCUUUGCUAACAAUACACAGAUGCAUGUGGACGGCAGUGAAGACACCGCCGCCGUCAUGUUGGAGGACGGCGGCGAGUCGUCGGUGCCGAUGUUGGAGCCCGUCGAAGGACUGCCUGUCUCCCCGUCCGCGGAUAUAACGGGGAACACGUUUAAUCACGACGCUGGCUCUCCAGGGUCGAAAAGGAACAGGGGGAGACCAAAGAAACCCAGUGGAGUAGUGGAGGCAGUACACUUUAAUCACAGCACCCAGAAAGACAACGGGCUGUUUCCCUGCGGGACCUGCGGUAAAGCUUUCACGGAAGCUUCCCGCUUGAAGAACCACGAAGCGCAGCACGGAGCCUCCCACGGCGGUGUCAACACGGCCGGUGACAGCCUGUCAGCUCCGGGCGGCGUGUCUUUGCUGUCCCAGCCGGGUAUGCUGGAGAACGGCGUGCAGCUACACGGGGGGCUGACGGUGGAUAACGGCCGCAAACGAGAGAGGACCAGGCGGCACGUCGGAUGUGACAUUUGCGGGAAAGUUUUCCGCGACGUGUACCACCUGAACCGACACAAGCUGUCCCACUCCGGCGAGAAGCCGUACGCCUGCCAUGUGUGCGGGCUGCGGUUCAAGCGCAAGGACAGGAUGUCUUACCAUGUGAGGUCCCACGACGGAUCCGUCGGCAAACCUUAUGUGUGCCAAAGCUGUGGUAAAGGUUUUUCAAGACCAGACCACCUGAACGGACAUAUCAAACAAGUACACACAACAGAGAGACCCCACAAGUGCCAGAUUUGUAACGCCUCUUUUGCUACAAGAGAUCGCCUCCGCUCACACCUUGCAUGCCACGAGGACAAAAUCCCCUGCAAAGUUUGUGGCAAGUUCCUGCGAGCUGCCUACAUGACAGACCACCUCAAGAAACACAGUGAAGGAACUCAUAACUACUGUGGCAUUUGCAACAAAGGUUUCUCCACUGCGUCCUACCUUAAGGUGCAUAUAAAGACACACCAUGGCUCUCCACUGCCCCCCUCUGCCACAAUGCACACCUUCCCUGAGCCAAGGGGGGAACUGCAGAUGCACAACGGCACCCCUUACCACAUGGGACGCCAGUGCUCAGUGGAAGACCUGUGCGCCAGUCGCCAGCUGCUUCUCACCUCGUCUGAGGCAGAGGGUCGCUUUCAUGGGCUCUCUGGACACCCAGUUCUUCCCCAGCCUGGCCAUUCAACCCUCUGCUUGCAGCCUGAGCUGCUCAUGGGGAAGCCAGGUGGGGCCCCAUAUUUCUGGGAGUGUCGCUCUGGUGGGGUGCCUGGCUUCCCCGCCCAUGGGCCUGUCGCAGACGGGCAGGAAAACGCUGGGAAAUGUCCACAUCUGGAAUCAGAGGAAUCGGAUCCUUCAUUCGGGGAACUGUCCAACGGUGAUGAGCUUAAAUCUCCACACAAACCUGACGGACCGGAGCUUGAGAUGCCAUCUGUAGCCUGCAACGGAGCCUCGGCAGGACCGUUGGUGUCUCCGGAUGGAUCUAAAGCUAAGACGGACCCUGAGAAGAAGUUUAUCUGCGGGAUCUGUGGUCAAGCCUUCCGCACCAAGUCCUACCUCAACAAGCACCAGCACAGAGUCCACAAAGCUCAGAAGGCCCAGGGGUUAUCUGGGUCGGGCUUAAGUGAGAUGCCCCCUUCCCUGACCUCUCCCUUCUCCCCUCAACAAAACAUGUCUCUGCUCGAGUCCUUUGGCUUUCAGAUAGUCCAGUCUGCUUUCGCUUCUUCACUGGUGGAUGCUGAGGCGGGUCAAAGUGGAAUCGACUUUGGAGGGAAGUGACAUUUUCGCUAGAAGCUUUGUUAGUUGCAGCAAAGCCUCUUGUUCUUAGGACAAAGCCGGGUUGCCCACAGAAGACGCUCUGUAUUUGGGAAUAACUUUGCCUCAAGACUACUUUUUUGUUUGUCACGUUGCUUAAUGUAUAUUCAAUAUUUUUGUCAAAGACUGCCAUAUAAUUCCUACUUUUUCUACUUUUUCAAAGUAUGAAAAGUGUGUGUUUGGUGUUAAUUUUUUCUUUUUAAAAAAAAAACAACAAAUAAACAACAUGAAGGUUUUAUUUCCUUUAAGUGAUCUUGAUCUGUUGAAGUUGCAUUUCUUUCAGCGGUGACUCUAUCUUUCCUCAGCUGCACAAAUGUUUCUUGACAUGAGAUGAAUUAUGUAUUCUUAAAACAAGUAAUUGUUGUCUUCUUGCCCACUUUAACUGCUCUGCUGUACUUGGUAAAUCGACCCUUGGCCAUUAGAGUGAUUUUUAAUGCUUCAUAUUCCUCAUUCCUCUCAAGGCUGUAAACAGAUGUCUUUACCUCAGAGUAACAAAGAGGGCUAAAUUCUUGUAUUUAUUUCAUUCUUUGCUUUUUUUUUCGAGGGGGAUUUUCUUUUCUUAAGGGCAGGGAUUGCAAUUGGCCUCGAUUUUGACAGUCGGUUUUCUUUUAAUCUGUUAAUUGCUGAAGAAGAGACGUUCCUAACAGGCUCACGGCACAUUUUCUGACAAAUUUUGUAAAAGCAAUUUCCUUUGGCCUCACCAAGAAAGUGUCAGUUGUCUGGCGACUGAGUAGCACUGGUACUUGUCAAGGACCUUAUUAAGUCACUGUUUGCAGGAUUAUAGUGAAGAAGCACUUUUUAAAAAUUUUAAAAGCCCUUGAUCUUUUUGCUUUAUUUGAUUACUUGUAAAAUGAAUUGUUCUUAGAGUAAUUGCAGAGACAAAGUAUGCAAUUUAUUGUCAUGACUUAUACUAUGUACAAGGAUGUUUUUGAAAUCAAAUGUGAUUUUUUUUUGGAUGAAUUUGGAUGUAAAAUCUGUCCUGAAACAUGCCUCGAGCUUGUCAGGAAUGAGCUUCUUUUCCCCACAACAAGGACAUUGUUUCCAAGUCUGGUUUUGUUCGGUGUUAAAUCAGUCGUGUACAUGAAACAGGGACCAAGGUCAGGUAUAUUUCAGUAUAUAUUUUGAGAAAUGUAGAUUAUAUUUUAUUAACUUAUUCAUGCCCUCGGUUGUGUGUACAGUUUUUUUGAAUUGUCAAACAAAAAUCUUGUGAUUUGCUCACUUUGCUUAACUUUCCCUCUAAAUUCUGUGUAAUGGAGAUGUGUGUUUGUUACGUGUGUGUUGUGCAACAGACAGCUCGAGGGUUAGAAGUGGGAUUCACACCCUGAUCCACCAGCCUCUGGGCCGACAAAAAGUCUUUUAUCCAGUGAAGAAAUUAAGAUUUCUUUAACUCUGUCGUUUCUUCACCUUUAUCACUUGCAGUUCUUCCUCCUCCUCUCAGAGUUGUUUGCGUUGUUUGUGUUUGGUCGCUCUGUUAAGGAGUGAGCUGCCUGUCUGGCUGUCCUACAGUGCAUAUAUGUGUUACAUCCAACACAUUCCUGUGUUAUAACCAAAUGUAACCGAACAGUUCCCUCAGAUUUACGGCAGCCUCACAUUCACAUUUUUACUUUGCUCUACGUCACCUGAACUCUCUUGCUCAGCUUCUUUGUUUGCUUGUUUAUUUGUUUUUUUUAAAGAAAAAAGUUUAUCCUUAAUUGGUUUCUUAUCUUGAAGUUUCUCUCUUCAUUGAUUAAACUGGUAAGGAAGAAGAUCAACAGGUCAAAAAAUAGAUUUUCACCGUAAUUGGUUCUUCUGCACUAAAUUGAUAUUUGCAAGUAAAGUUUUUCUGUUUAGGGCUGCAACUAACCAAUUUUAUUAUUUUUUACUUAAUAAUGAAUGCCUGUUAUUUUCAUGAUAAAUUUGUCAGUUUUGUUUAAAAAAAAAAAAGAGUUAAGCAAUUCUCAGCACUCACAGUAAUGUCUUUUAGUUUGCUUUAUUUGCCUGGCCAACAGUCCAAAACCCAAAGAUAUUCAGUAUGCUAACGCUUAAAAAAUGGAAUAAAUUUGCAGUUGAGAAGGUGAAAUCAACAACAUUUCACAUUUUGUGCUUAAAAUAAUAGCCGAAAUGAUUAAUUGAUCGCCAAAAUAGUUGCAGGUUCGACUAAUUUCAGCUCUGUUUAUUGUUUCAAUUAUGAAAAUCCAAACAUAAAGACUUCUCACAAUCAUGCCAUGCUCUAGUCUGUCUUGGUCUUUACAUACUGAAACAGAGAAUACGUACAAUCACAGGAGUGACGGGCGAUCCCCUUCCAGUUCCAUUUGUGACAAGAGAUCUACAACAUGUCAUAGUAGUACAGUUACAAAGCAGCCGGGAUUUGAUUGCUUGGUGUCAUAUGGACCUGUCAUAGAACUCGCACAUCGACAUAUUGUUCAUAGGUUGGUGUUUUUUUUUUUUUUGUGUGUGUUGUAAAACAUGUAUCAUGAUGCAAAUCAGGGUCAGUCCACGAGCGAAGUGGCUGGCGGUGUGUGUGUGUGUGUGUGGUGACGGCUCUGUAAAAACGGAGUAUAUUUGUGCGUCUGUUUCCGUGUUUGAGCCGUGUUUCCUGCUUUCUGUUUUAAUUAUUAUUUGUGAGUAAUUUAGUCUGUUGAAUUCAGUACAUUCCUAUAUUAUUUAUGGUUAUAUUGUGAUUGUAACAAGUGUAUAUACCUUCCAUAUACACACUAUAAAUAUAUAUAAAUAUAUAUGAACCAACCAAUAUGAUCAGUGUUUGUCAGUGGUGGUCCUGUACAUAUAAAGAUUUUUUUUUCUUGUCUUGUUAUGUGGAGGGAUGUUAAGUUAUGGCCAUUUGAAGUGUAAAAUGCAUGUUCUGGCAUGCGAGCGAGCUGCGGACUGAAUGUCGAUCACUGGUUGGUGGCAGUAAGCGUUUCACUGCUCACUCUACUAUCGCUCUGCUCUGGUAGCGCUCACACUGCCAGCUGCACGACUCACAUCUCUGACCAAGUCUCCUUCCUUUUUUGAUCCACUCUGCACUAGUAUUUACUCCUUAAAAGGUAACAAGGGUUGCGUUCUUUUAACUAUUAUUUGAAAACAAGUGGAAGAUGCUGUAAGAAAAUAAUGAACCUUUGUUUUAUUUUUUUGACGUUUUUUUUUUUUUUUUUUUUUCCUUUUCCACUGAGAUGUUUCACUUGUGUUGGUACUCAAACGAAAAAGAUGAUUUUGUGACGAUUCUUUAAGCCUAAAUGGCUUUGCUUUCUGCUUUUGGUCUGUUGCAAAGUGCCUUCCAAAUACUGUUUGUGCACAGCAGUGGAUUAAAAAAGGUCCUCUUUUCUAAAGGUUAAGAAUUGUACAGAGUGACUUGCAUUGACACUUUUGUAUAAAAACACAAAAUGUACAAUAUGUUAACUUGGUAUUUUAUCAUCGUACUCAACAAGAUUGCUCUUAAAACAUGUGAGCUACAUGUUUUGUUAUAACGUCUUUGGACAUAUUUCAAUAUAAGCUUACUUUUCUAUAGAUAUUUGUUUUUGUACUCUGUUAUUGAGUCUCGUCUCUCUUCUUGGUACAGAGAUGAGCACCAAAUAAAUUGCAACUGAAAAUCUCCUAA